AUGGAGUUGUUCGAUGAGAUGGUCAUAAAAGGUUUGAGCCCUGAUAUUUUUGUUUAUGCAUCUAUGAUGAACAGGCACUUCAAAGAUGGUAAUGCCGGUGAAGCUCUCAAGCUUAACAAGGAAAUGAUAGAAGCAGGAGUCACUCCCGAUGUUAUCUACACUUAUUGUCUUAUUAAAGGCCUAGUAAAGAACGGAAUGCUCAAUCAGACAU